GCUCGAUCGAUCGAUCAGCAACAAUGAAAUGGACUACUGCUGAUCGAUCUAGCACAACUCGGUCGACACAUUGGAUUGUGAGCGGGGAAAGAGAAUUGAUUGAUUGAUUGAUUGCAAGCAGAAACCACAAGGAGGUACCAAACAUGGAAGAGGUUCCAAGUGACAGCAGCAAGUUCAAAAUGCAAGGACAGGGAAAGAGUGACUGGGGUGAAGAACUUCGCCAGAAAAUGACGUCCUACAAUGCUUCAAAGACGAAAUCUGGAGAAGAAGCAUCGUCCGUCACUGUCAUUUUUAGCCUGGACAACACGGUGAAGGGACUUUCACAAAUCCUGUGUGUACUGGAGAACCACAGCGUCUCGCUGAGUCACAUUGAAUCCCGCUCGUCGCUGUCCGUUUCUGCUACCACGGAAUUCCUGGCCGUAUUGGAGAGAGGUGAGGGUAGCGAGGCGAAGCUGACGGACAUCUUACAGCAGAUCAAGGAGUGCGUGAAAUCGCUGGAGGUCGUACAGGGAGGAAGGAAUGAUGCAGUCUGGUUCCCAAGGACUUUGGAGGAGAUGAAUCCGUGCUUGACCCGGCCCCUCUAUGCCGAACUGGAGCCCUCUCACCCAGGAGCUAAGGAUCCAGACUACCUAGCUCACCGCAAGAAAUGUUGGGACGUUGCGCAGAACUACACCAUUGGCACCCCAGUACCUCGCAUGGAGUACAGCGAGAACCAGGUCAGGACGUUUGGGGCCAUCUUCAGUAAGCUCAAGACCCUGUACCCAAGCAACGCUUGCAAGGAGUUCAAUGAGAUCUUUCCCGAUCUCGUCCAGGAGUGCAACAUCAGUGAGGAAUACAUACCCCAGAUGGAAGAUGUCUCCCAGUUUGUGAAAAAGCGUACAGGGUUCACACUCCGUCCGGUCUCGGCGCUGCUUUCUGCCAGAGAUUUCCUGAGUGCCUUGGCUUUCCGGGUGUUCCCGGCCACCCAGUACCUGCGCCAUACUUCCAGCCCAUUCUACACCCCUGAACCAGACCUGUGCCAUGAACUGUUGGGACACUGCGCACUGCUGGCAAACCCAGAGUUUGCCCAGUUUUCACAGGAAAUUGGUCUGGCCUCAAUGGGCGCCCCCGAUGAGUACAUUGAAAAGCUGUCAUCAGUGUACUGGUACACAGUUGAGUUUGGUAUCUGCAAGGAAUCCAGUGGCAGGAAAGCCUAUGGUGCUGGUCUGUUGUCCUCUGUGGCCGAGAUUCAGUACUUUCUCACAGAUGAGCCUACAGUGAAACCAUUUGAACCCAGCACCGCCAUUAAAGAGGUCUACCCAGUUGAGGGGUUUCAGACAACAUACCUCCUGGCCGACAGCUUCUCCGAUGCCUUACAGAAAAUAAGGGCCUUUGCUGCAACCAUUCCACGUCCCUUCACUGUGCGAUACAAUCCCUACACUCAGUCCAUUGAGGUGUUGGACAGUAAGGAGAAGUUACUGAAAGUGGCUGAGCAACUGAAUGGUGAGCUUAACCAACUGAUGGAUGGAAUAAGCAAGCUGAAAUAAACAGCACCCUCUGGUGUUGAGGAUUUGACAAGAACUUAUGAGCUUCAAGUUUUUUUCAAACCUAAAGCCAUCAACAGGGUAAAUUGUUGGAUUUUUUUCAGUUCAAUUUUGCACGAUCCAAUAAUUCCCAAGUUCUGAUGAGUUUGGGAACAAAGCACUUAUGUGUGUUUCAAAAUAAAGUUUUUUAUUAUAUAUUUAUUUACCUUUUUGCGUAGAUUUAAAAGUUAUUGAGUACAGUACAUUUUGGACGGGGAAAGAGCUUCGUUAUUAACGAAGAUAAAUAAUUUUAGGUUUCAAGAGAGUAUUCAUAGUAACUUUGAUGUAGAAGCAAAAGAAUAUUAAAUCGCAUAUUCUAUAUGAUAUAUUCUUUAUAUUAUAUUCUAUAUUAUAAUCUUUAUCAUAUACAUGUAUAUUUUUAAGAUAUUCUUUAUUGUACUAUUUUGGUGAGGAGGGAAAACAUAGUUAUUGACUUUAUUUACUUCAGCUGUUUAAAGGGAAAAUACAACAUUUGCAAACAUCAAAAAAUAAAACUACCAAAUCAU